UUUAGAGGCAUUUUAUUUUUGUAAAUGAGCCCCCGAAACAAACCUGAAAUUCAUAGAGCAGCAUCGGAGCACUUGUAAAACCUUCUCGUAUUCUCAAUCUACAAAUUCUCAAUGGCAAAGCAUUAGUAUUAUCUCAUUAGUUUUUUCAAUCUCAAUCACAGCUGAAGUUCUCAAUCUUCCGAAGAGGUACCGUUUGAAAUUUUAAUUUUUGGUUUAUAUGUAGCUUGAACUGCAUACAUUGUGUCUUCUGUCAUGUCGUACUUGCAAAACCUCAGAGCACUUUCCAUGCUUUCUUCUUCCAUUAUUGCUGAUAGCAAGUUUAACUUUGUUAGAGUCUUGUAUUGGCGAUUUGGGUUUCCCUCUGUUGCUUCAAACCCUAGAUUUUAUGGAAAUAAAAAGGCUCCUCAAACGGAAGAACAUAAAAAUUCUGGAGGAAUGUUGAAUAUGCGUAGUAGAAACGGUCGUCGGAUUUCUCGGGCCACUAUUAAGGAAGCUCAGGCUGCGAUGUUGGAGUAUUUACAUUCUACUCGAGGGAUUCAAUUUUUCGAUGCUGAUAUUAUGAGUAAAAAUUCCCCAAUCUUUCUUAAAAAGCUUCUAGGAAGAGUUGAACAUGAGGGUGAUAUUGGUCGGUCAAUUAUUCGAUUUUUACGAUAUCAUCCGAUUAAUGAGUUCGAGCCUUUCUUUGAGAGCGUGGGCUUGCAACCUGCAGAGUAUAAUGCGUUUCUUCCACGCAAUUUGAUGUUCUUGAGUGAUGAUGAUUUAUUGCUUGAGAACUUUCAUGUGUUGUUUAACUAUGGAGUUGAACGAAAUAAGACAGGGAAGAUAUAUAAGGAGGUAACUCAAAUAUUUCGGUAUGAGUAUGGUGUUUUGCUAUCCAAGUUAAAAGCAUAUGAAAAACUUGGUCUCAGCCAAGCUAAAGUCGCUAAUAUUGUUGUUUGUAACCCCUAUCUAUUGAUUGGUGGUGUUAAUGAUCGGUUUGUCAAGGUAUUAGAAAAAUUGGAGAACAUUGGAUUUGAAUUAAGCUGGGUUGAAGAACAACUGACGGAUGGUAAUUCCUAUAAUUGGAAGCAAAUUCUUGGGUUACUUUUCUGGUUUGAACAGAUGGGUUGCGGUAAGGAGAAGUUGGCUGAUUUAAUCAGCCAACGUCCAGAUCUUUUAUUGGAGGAUUCAGGAAGCAAAUCACUUACCUUAAUUGGGUUGUUACUGAAAAUGGGAUGCUCAAUGGUCCAGAUAUGUUCCGUGUUCUUGCAAUUUCCUCAAAUCCGAGUUGGUGAGUUUGUAUCAAAUAUGAGGCAAUGCUUUUUGGUCUUCAAUGAAAUAAACAUGGAUGUGCAAGAGAUAGGAUACCUUUUCAGAUCUCGUCCCUUGUUAUUGGGAUUGUAUACUUUGAAAAGGGCUAAAAGCUUGCUUGGUAGCUUGAAUGUUGGGAAGCAACGGCUCUGUCAAUUUCUUUUAGAGAAUCCAGAAGAAUUGAAGAACUUGCGAAUUGGAAAAAGAGUUCUACGAUUACCAGACUCUGGAGAGGUUAUGAGAUCAAAGCAACAGAAAACUCAGUUCUUGUUGAAAUUAGGACUGGAAGAAAACUCAACAGAGAUGAAAGAAGCGUUAAAGGUGUUUCGAGGUAAAGUAGCGAUACUCCAAGAGCGGUUUGAUUGUAUUGUGGAAGCUGGCAUUGAUAAGAAGGAUGUUUACAAAAUGAUUAAAGUUUGUCCACGAAUCAUUAACCUAAGAAAAGAUACAAUAGAAGAAAAGAUAGAUUUUCUUGUAAAUAAUUUGGAGUAUCCUGUUUCAUCACUAAUAAGCUUCCCAAAAUAUCUUGCCUUUUCAACUAAAUUGGUCGCUCUUAGGUUCUCAAUGUAUAAUUGGCUCAAGGAACAAGGUACAGCCGAUCCAAUGUUGGCAUUGAAAACUAUUGUUUCAUGUUCGGAAUAUGAAUUUCUAAGACAUCAUGUGAAUCGUCAUCCCAGAGGCAUGGAAGUUUGGGAGAACUUGAAGAGAGAGAUAUAUUCAGAUUCUAUGGUGUCUCCGGCUCAUUAGAUCAAAUUUUAUUUUCACAUACUCUUUAUAGCAAUCGAUAGCCAAUUGCUUCAUAGCUGCUAUUCUACAAGUUUUUCAAUACUCAUGGAAUUCAGGGCUAAUCUGCUGUGAAGUUUAUGGAAAAUUGUCUCAUUUUCACAAAGUUUUGGUGGUCUUCUUGGGGGAGUGUAACACAACAUUGUUUUGCACAUUAUUCAAGUUUCUUUUAACUUAAUAUUUACAAAUCCUGGAAAGUUGGGCAUUCUUUUAUGGCAGAGGAUGAAAGCCUAGGGAAAGAGAUCAUACUCAGAGAAUACACCCGACACCUCUCCUAAUUUCAGUGUUAAAGGAAGAAAGUCUAGGGAAAGAGAGAACGAUAACUUCUCUUUCUUCUUGCCCAGAUAGGGAAUAACUAUAGAAAGAGAGCAUUAUAUCUCUCAUUCUAUCAAUGAUCAAGUCUGUGAUGGCAAUUAUUUUUAGUAUUUACGGUAGUUUUUCUAUUUAUGCAUGGCGAGCAUAUUAUUGAUGUCUACGUUUCUAAAUGUAUGUCGAUAAACACAUUCUGUAUAUGUCGUAGUUUGUAACUAUUUAUUUAACAGACAGAAUUUGAGCUUUCUGAAUAUGUUUACUUAGAGGAAGGAUAUGCCUAGAGAUCGAUCUGUCGCAAUUGCAAGCCCUGUUUGUAUUUAUGUUGUGGCAAUUCAUGACAUACUAGAAAUCUAAUAUUUUUCCUUUUUGGGUAAA